AUGGAGCACCCACGUCCCGUACUUCCGUCUCAGCGCUACUCUCCCUCUCCCGUCUACAGCUACGAUAGCAGACGAUGUACACCAACGGGGAGGCAGCCCCUGAGGGAGUCGACUGGAAACGCCCAGCCCGGAUCUCACCUGGGCAGCCUGGCCUCAUCGUGCCGUAACAGUCCCCUCGGGCUCUUCUCGCCCAGCCUUACCAACAUCCCGACCCCUCCUGUCGUGCCGUCCCAGGCGGGGACGACCUACAGGAGCAGCAACAGCCUUCGGAGGCCAGAUGCCCUACAUCUGGCCAGGCGAGGUCGACACGACAUCAACCCAAUCUACUACGCCCCAGAAUUUCGUCCUUAUCGGGACAAGCAGGACCAGAAGGACCCUAACGAAAAGCAAAUCUGGCCCCGCGUUUUGGAAGAUGCCUUCCUCGACUCACUGCUCAUCAUUCCUCACAUGGGAAGGAAGAAGUAUAGCAUGCAAGGAAAGCAGUUUGGACGCAACAUGCUCAUCAGUGAGUAUCUUUGGAUUGCCUACUGCUGCAGUCUGCAGCCGGGGCAGAAGGCCGAAGAGAGAAAACGAAAGCAGGUGUCUAGCCACAUCCAGGUGGUCAAGAAGAUGUUUGAGAAGCACAGGUGCUAUCACUUCUUCUUCGUGAAGGAUCCAGAUAAGAGCGAGGCACGACUCAAGGACAAUUUGGAAAUGGCCUCAUUCAAAGAUAAUCCGGUCCUCAUUGCUCUCUCCGAGGGCCGGCUCCCAGAUGUCCGUCCCAACUAUGAGUACUUUGCCCAGAUCUUAGCCAUGGACAACCUCGUCGUCAUGCGUCCCAAGACCUGUUGGAUCUUCGUCGCGUCCUCGAAUGUGAGGAUGGAGGAGAACGGAGACGCAUACGACCAAAAUGGCAAACUACUCGACCAUGACUACUACCCCCACCUGGAGAAGAACCUGCACAAGGAAGACAAUUACUCUCGAGGCCUCAACGGCAGCGUUCUAUUGCACGAGUACAACCGCGAGCUAGCACAGAAAGAAUCUGCUGCCGUCACAGAGCUCUCUCAGGAGUGGGAAGCCAAGUUUACUCCUCUGCACAAGUCACUGGAGUAUGCAAUUUCGGAAACGAAGUGGCUCGACAUACUCGAGAUGACGGUGACGCUGGAGAUUCACCCCCGCAGCCAGUUCCCCGCCGGAUCAGAGCUGAAUGGUUUCGUUGAGCUCAACAUUGCCCAGCCCACGCUGCAAAACCACCGAUGGAAGUGCAUUACCAAGCUUGCGCGGCCCGAAGAGUUGCGCCGCGGUGACAGCGAUCCUCCUGUAGUCGAGCAGACAAGUGAGGUUGGCGUGCAGUACACACACAGGCCGGGAUGCCAGGACAACAAGUUCGACUGUGACUGCCGAAGCCGUCCCAAGCAAGACGUGCGAGUCCCCUUCCCUGCAGCCGAGUGGGCCAGCAUCCUCAGUAUUUGCGCCGGAUAUCUUGAUCCUGGCGAGAGCAAGUCCAAGAUUGAGGAUGACGACGAGAAGGCCAAAGCCGCUGAAGAAGCCGCGUUCGAGGCGGAACGCACCACGGCCGAGCUCAUCCAGCAGGUGGGCAUGUUCCAAGAGCUGUGGUCUGUCCCACCGGACAACAACAACACCGACCGGCGUGUGUGGGUACGACGCGGCAUCAUUCUCUGGAAGUUCCGAACGAUCCACGCCUUUGACGACAAGUGGAACCCGAUCUUCGAGAAGCCGGCGCAGCAGAAGGGCAAGAGGCCCGCCGACGAGGAGGGUGACGAGCACAAUGGCUCUUCACGACGCGGAAACCGUCCCAAGCGAGUUUACAACCCUCCGGGCACAACAUGGCGUUUCCUGACGGCUCUUGACCCCGUCUCCCAGGCGCACCAACAGAAUGUCUGCGUCAACCCCACGACUGCUUCUGGCCCAAGCCGUGAGCUCCUCAUGGCACCUACGCCUCCUUACUCUCAUCACAUUGCCGCAGUCAUGAACGACAACCUCAACUCUGCUUGGGAGUCGGUCACCAUGCCCGGUCAGCUCCCUAGUCUCGCCUCUACAGGUACGCUGGGCCUGAUGGACAGCUUCUCACACGGACUUGCUACGCCGCCCCCUACGGCAUCCAUUCACUCUUCGUACGCGAGCAGCUAUGACGGCAGUCAUGAGCUCGCCAACGGGUCUCACCAUCAGCUUGACUUCUUGUCUGGGGCUUGCACGACCUCCAUGGGCAGCCAGAGCACGCUUGUCACUGACAUGGGACCAGCUCCUGCCGAUCCUUUCUUGUCGGCAACGGCGGGUAUCCAAGUUUCAAAUGGGGUGAACGUAGGUGUGUAUGAUGACGCAGACUGCGAGGGGAUCCCCGAAUGGGACACGGCAACUUCAUCCUUCCAAAGCCUCCAUCAAUGGAACGGCUGGAACGAGGCGUCGGAUUCAAAGACGCAGCAGUGGCAUAACGAGAACCAGCGCAGCACGGCGGCCAACGCCAAUCUGUGGACAGAGGGCAACAAGGACCAACAGACAUGGAACCAGCAGCCGUGGGCCCAGGCCGUCUCGGCAGUCGCGGCGGUGGCCGGUUCGGACGGCAGAACGGGAUGGUCCCCAGUAGACCAACAGCGCGGGCUGCCCUCCUUGGACCAGAUCAGCCCACUGAAGUCGCUAACCGGCAGAAAGAGGGCGCGCUCCAACAGCCUGGACAUGGAGAACCGGGAGAACUUCCCCGCUACCGCCAUCCAGAAGCUGGUGCACCAUCGAGCGCCGGCAGCUGUGUUGGACGAGAGCAGCCACGGGCAUCGGAGUUGGGACUAA